AUGAAGAAGCUUAGUCAUUAGAUGGAUAAGGUUACUAACAAAAAUAGUUAUUAAGAAUCCCCACAAAGAUUAGAAAAGAAAAAUAUAAAAACCAUUGUUGGCACAAUAAAAACAGAAAGACAUUUAGAAAAAGCAAAAGCAAAAUUACUUGAUUAUUUUAAGAGGGAAAGAAAUUCAUUGGCUAUAGCAACUAAUCUAAUGAGAGCUAAAUUCAAAGGGAGUAAAAGUAUUGAUAAUAUGUUUCUGCAAACAUUAAAAAGUGAUCGAAUCAAAACUUCAUAACCUAAUGUAAUUUGAACAUUAGUAAAUUUGAAUAGGGUGCUGAAUUGCGUGUUCAAACCGAGGAGGGCAGCAAUCCAAAAAGGACAACUCUGAAAAACAAGAAUCUAUCAUUAGCGACAGUAUCUUUAGAUGUAAUUAAUGGGGGAUUAUUAUAUAGAAAAAGGAAUUGCCUAAGCAUUCAUUAACAACAAAAACUUCAUACAAUUAGACACCUACAGGUUAAAGCAAACCAGAAAAAAAGAAAUAACAAUAAAAUGACUCAUACUUAUGCGAUAUGGUAAUUAAUUAACAUAUUAAAGUUGAAAAAUGCUUAAAUAAUUUAAAACUAAUAUCAAAAGUAUUUUAAUUAAAAAUUAAAUAAAUAAUCUAUUAUUUCAGAUACAUCAACUAAUCAUAAACAAUCAAUAGAAGAUGCUUUUUUCAAUUAAAAAGGCCCAAAAGGUUCUUAUCAAAUAAUGCAACCCAAAAUUAUCAGAAAAACAGAUAUUGAAUCAAAAUCUCUGAAUUAGGGACACUCAAAAACAGAACAAACUCCUUAACCUAAAUAAUAUGCCAAAACUAAGAGUGAUGAUAUGUUGGAGUAUGAUCCCAAACAGAAACUUUAAAUAGUUUUAUAUUACAAAAAUUCAAAGUAAUACAUCAGCAUAACCUAAUAGAUAUUACUACUUAUUCGAUUAUGGCAACUAAUCUACAUGUGAUCUCUAUAAUUAUUUGAUCUAAUAAAUAGCCAGCAUUGAAAAAAAUCAUACCCAAUAAGAUGGAGGCACAGGUUCUACUGAUGAUGUUUAAAUACAAGCUGGUAAAGUUUACAAUAGAUUCUAGAGAUCAAGAAGAUUUGUUAAUUUUGUACAAUACAAAAAAAAGUUCCUUUUGACUAUUACUUAUCUCUACCUGAUAUGAGUUUGACAGUAUUUCAAGGAAUAACGCUUUAGUUAUAACCUAUGUAUUCUUAGCCUUAAACUACGAAAAAGGUUGGAUUAAAGGAUUUUUAAUUAAUAAAAUGUAUUGGAGUAGGAGGGUUUUCAAGAGUAUAUUUAGUUAGGAAAAAGGAUAAUGGAAUAUUUUAUGCAUUAAAAUUGAUUGAUAAAAAGUUUAUUAUUGACAAUAACAAAGAAAUUAUUGUAUAAAAUGAAAGGGAUAUCAUGGUUAAAAUGGAGAAUUAAUAUAUCAUACCAUUGCAUUAUGCAUUCGAAUCAAAGUUUUACAUAGCAUUUGUUUUAGAAUAUUGUGCAGGGGGCGAGUUAUUUUAUCAUUUAAGAAAGUUGAAAAAAUUAAAUGAAUAAGAUGCUAAAUAUUACUUUGUUGAAAUCUGCAUAGGAAUGAAUUAUCUACAUUCUUAAAAUAUUGUCUAUAGGGACAUCAAACCCGAAAAUAUCUUAUUAGAUUUGUAAGGCCAUCUCAUGUUAAGUGAUUUCGGACUCUCUAAACCCGGUAUGGCAGCUGAUGAUUUUGCUUAUUCAUUUUGUGGUUCUCCCGAAUAUAUGGCUCCUGAAAUGCUCAUGAAAACAGGUCACAAUUACUUAGUUGACUGCUACUGUUUAGGAGCAUUACUAUAUGAGUUGAUUUCAGGUCUGCCUCCUUAUUAUUCUCAUAAUACUUAGGAAAUUUAUCAUUCAAUCUUAACAGAAACCAUUUAAUUUCCUGAUUAUGUUUAAAUAUCAAAUUAAUUGAAAGAUUUGAUUACUUCCCUUUUAGAAAAGGAUGCUACUGAAAGAUUAGGAUCAAAGUAAGGAGUUAUUGAAAUUUUAACUCAUCCUUGGUUUAAUGAUGUUGAUUUUGAAAAAAUUAUGAAUCGAUAGUUACCUACUCCUUACAAGCCAGAACCUUUAAAAUAUAAUUUUGAUGAAGAGGAGUUUAAUAAGGGGGAUGCUGAGUUCAGGAAAUAGUUCGCAAUAAAUAUGAAUAAUGAAUUUCAAGUAAUUGUUAUAACUGAUUUUUAAAGAAUGUUGACACAGCAAAAUAUUAAUUAUCGAACUUCUAUUAUUAAAAAGCGAAUUAGGAGGAAUACAGUAAUAGAUCUAACCUAAUAAAUGGCAAUAAAUUAUAAUCCCAAUUUUUUUAAAAAGAACCAAUAUCUCCACCAAAAUAGACAAUAAAUAAAGCUAAGGUAUUAAUACUUUAGAUUUUAGUACUCUCCUUAAGAAAGUAAAAAAUCUUUAAAAGCAAGUAUAAAAAGUGAAACUAAUGAUUAUUUUAAGAAGCAUAAUCUUUUGACUAAGACUUCUUAAAUAAUGUAAGAAUCUCUAAAAAUGAAUCAUGUUUAUUCGAAAACCUAGUAAAAAUCUCAAAUAUCUAUUUAAGAAUUAAAAGUAAAUUAAAUCUCCAUAUUUUAGAAACUAAAACUUCUAUUUGAUCAAUCAAAACAAUUAUAAAGUUCAGACAGAUUAACAACUAUCCCUGAUUAAAAUCAAAAAAAUUAAAUUGAAAGAAUUAAAACAGAAUAAUUUUGUAAUUUGUCAUCUCCUAAAACAACAACUCACAGUACUGUGAACAAAUUGAAUUCAUAUUCAAAGUUAUUUGGAUCAGAAAAGAGGAAAAAAUGA